GGAAGUGCUGUUGUUGUCAUGGAGAUGUAAACAAAAAAAGGUCAGCGUUUGGUCAGCUCUUUAAUUAUUUUAGUGCAAAGUGAAGGAGUCACUAUGAACUUGCUGAUUUCUUAACCUUCCCUCGGUGUGUAGAUUACAACAUGAAUCAGACACAGAGUCCUAAAAAGACAACGCUGCCGAGAGAAGUCGUCAAGUGGCUGCAAAACCUCGACUUGUCAUUUUACCCAAAGAAUGUGCGCAGAGAUUUUUCCAACGGUUACCUUGUGGCAGAGAUAUUUUUUCAUUAUUACCCCCUCAGCUUUCCAUUGCAUUCAUAUGACAAAGGAACAUCACUCUCUGCCAAGCAGUGGAACUGGAGCCAGAUUGGGCGGUCUCUACAAAAGCAGAGUCUUCACUUGCUGAAAGAGGCCAUCGAUGGAACAAUCCACUGUAAAUCAGGAGCAGCUGAGGUGCUGGUGCAGGAGAUUUACACUAUUUUAACUAGCCGCAGGAUUAUUGAUGUUCAGGACAGAGAAUCAGACUUUACUGACCAACAGUACCAGGAGCUGCUGCCUGCCCUGGCUCGCUCCACAGCCUCGAAGGCUAUUAAAAACAAUCUGGCAAUAACAGAGAUCAUGGCCAAGCCCGACAUAUGCACAAACCAGAAGAAGGCUGAAGUCAUUCUCCGCAGACACCUGGAGCACAAAGCUGAGGAGAGGGUUCUCAACCCUGGGCGUUUUAAAGUGAAGCCUAAUCGAAGUCAGCUGUCAGCCAAUAAUCUUGCACCACCCAGCCAGGGUGAUGAGUGCUUUGACAGCCCUUCAGGCGGAGGCACCACAUCUAAGUUGUCGUCUUCAUCAGCAAUGACUGGAGCAACUGUUUCCUUUAAGGAGAUAAAGGUGCAUCAGCCUGUCAAACACUCACUGGUUAAUAAAGGAAACUAAUAGAUAACUGUGCUCUGUUUCUGUACUAUAUUUGUGUCACUUCAUGGACUGAUAUAUAACCUGUGUCUCACUGUUCCACACAAGUAUUUACUGCAGUAUAAUUUGCUGUGAAAUACAAAUGACGUCACUGUUAGUUAUGGCUUAUGUAACGUUGUAGAGCCUCGAACAUCAUGUCUGGCCUGCGUGUCUUUGUGGCAGUAGGUGGCAGCAUUGAGUCAUGAGUGGUUUUCUCCUCGAGGAUGUUUAAGAAUAAAAUCCACUGGUUUCGGUGUACCAUUGAGAAAAACAGGAAAUAAAUCAGUGUAUGUGAUGUAUGAUGACCUGCUCUACUGUUGAUCUGUCUGUGUGUCCAUCAGGCAAGAUGGUAAGUGUUUAAUUAUGUUCACAUUUCCUUAAUUCAUCUUUAUUGACUACAAAGGCCUUUUACCUCAGUCUGCAUUUUAAGGUUUUUAUCAAUAAUAACCAGUCAGAUGCUGGUAAAAUUUACACUCAUUUCACUGUGAUGAGCUCCACUUUAGGCAGCUGCUCUUGAUAUCUGAUUCCUCAAUUAAUUUGCUAGAUGUGGGGAUUACCUAAUCACUGUUGCAUGUAGACAUGAAAGCUAUCACGUCUCAAUUAAUCAUUAAUGUUCCAAAUUUUCCUCCUCAUGGUUGAUUAAAUCCCAGAAUGUUUCAAGAAUACUGGUAGAUGAAUCACUAGUUUUGCUUUCAAAGGUGCAGAUGACCAAAGGCCAGAGAUGUUUUUUUUUUAUGUUCCUUCCAUCAAUUUGUCAAUAAAACUGUGCCCCUGCAUAGCAACAUAAAUUAAAGUGUGCUGAUACAUCUUUGUGUGCCAUCUAGAGCUGCACAACAAGCUGAACAUUAAUAACUGCAGGCAGAAAUAAACCCCAUGAUUCUGAUAAUGAUUGUUCAGAUAUGUACCAAUGCUUACUGGCUAAGAAAUGACAAAAAACACACACACAAAAUUGUUUACUGCAGCUUUCUCUUUAAUGCUCAAUCUAUUUUCUUGUCUUUUAAUGCACUUUUAUGAUGUUAAUGUGUACUUUUGCGUUUUAUUUCUAUAAUUUUAAUGUACAUCGACCUUUACAUAAUUUUUCGGAAUGCAUUUCUUUGCCAUUAUAAAACACCUUGAAUUGAUUUGUGUAUGAACCGUGCUAUACAGAUAAACCUGCCUUGCCUUGACAGAAAGGAGAUGAUACUUGGAGUUUAUUUACUCCAACUAAUGAGGAGUUGUACAUUCAGUUGUAAAGCAGUUUAAUUUCUAGACAUCUUGAGGACCUAAUGACAGUCUAAGUGUAAUCACCUCCAGUUUCCACAUAAUCCUGUUCUAUAUUUUAGUUAGACGGCUGCUGUUGCACUGAUGACUGCAGAUAGUUCUAUCCUGACGGACACAUUUUUAUGUUUUUAAUAAUUUAGUGACAGUGAGCCAGUUACAGGAAAGUAAUUCUUCCUUCUGGCCUCACGGUUGACAAUUUAGUUCUGGGGGUGUGACGACAGCGUCUUACAAAUCAGUGUAUGGAAAUACAAUAAUGUUAAUGCAAUUACCUGUUAAGUAAUUCUUUAGAUGCAGUUGAAGUAAAUUAUAUAGGUUUUGAUAUUCUUUGGUCCCUCAAAAAGCAAUGAAAAUGUGCACAAAUGGGGACACGCACACAUAUAAUUUAUAUAUACCGCCUAUGUAACAACUUGUUCAUGACGGUUGGUGCACACUCGGCUGGGUCAUCAGUCUGUAUUUAUAGUCCAAUGGUGUAAAAUAAAUACUGUCACUAAUUUA